UGCGCGCGCAGGUGGCGGGAAGCGCCUUCCUCUUAGCCGGUCUCUUUGGAAAGAGUUGGUCGGGUGCUUCGCGGGGCUCGUCGGCAAUGCGCCUCCCGUGCGAGGUGGUGGUGGUGAGUCGCCUGCUGCCCUCAGCGGGGAUGCGGGGCCCGGGACGCGCCGUCAGGGCUCUGCUCGCCCUGGGGAAGCCGGCCGGAGGAGACGGAGGCGUCUGGCUUCUGGUCAGCACUGCCCGCCACCGCCCUGGAGCGAAGUACCAGUUGAGAAAGAACAUAGAUCAGCUUUUUACCAAGUUCGUGGAGGAAGGAAAAGCCACUGUACGACUAAAAGAACCAGCUGUGGAUAUUUGUCUCAGCAAGGCAAAUGUCAGUCAGCUGAGGACUUUCCUUUCUGCAGUGAAAUUGGCUCAUCAAGGCACCAAAGAGGAAACCUUACCACUUUCCAAGUUGGUGUCACCAAGGGCCUCUGAAGUUGAAAAACCAAAGACUAAGAUGACCAUAACAUCAAAGAAGGAUUAUCCUUUAACUCGGAAUUUCCCAUACUCUCUGGAGUAUCUCCAAGCCUCCUAUUGCAAAUUAGCUCAUAUAGAUAUGCGUAUGCUUUGCCUGAAAAGCCUCCGGAAAUUGGACUUGAGCCACAAUUGUAUUAAACAGCUGCCAGCAACUAUUGGGGACCUUGUUUGCCUUCAAGAGCUCAAUCUACAGGAUAAUCACUUGGAGUCAUUCAGUGUGGCUCUAUGUAACUCCACUCUCCAAAGAUCACUUCAGUUUCUGGAUCUCAGCCAGAAUAAAAUCAGAGCACUGCCUGCACAGUUUUGCUAUUUGCAGAAACUCAUACACUUGAAGUUAGAUGAUAAUAAUCUUAUUAGAUUGCCAUUCAAGAUUGGUCAACUGUGUCAUCUCCGCUUCUUGUCUGUGGCUCGUAAUAAGCUCCCAUUUUUGCCCAGUGAAUUUGCUAAACUCUCACUUGAGAGCCUGGAUUUAUUUGGCAAUCCUUUUGAGCAGCCCAAGCCACUUGUUCCUGACAUACAGUUAAAAAUACCACUGACUUUACUAGAAUAUUCUGCAAGGGCAACCAUCAAUUACAGGAUCCCAUACAGUUGCCACAUCCUUCCUUGUCACCUUUGUGAUGAUCUUGACGUGUCAAAAACUUGUCGGUGUGGACGUGCUUGCUUGGCCUGCUUCGUUCAGACAACAGUGACUAUGAACCUGCACAGUGUGGCACACACAGUUGUUCUCGUGGAUAACAUGGGGGGCACAGAGGCCCCCAUUCUUUGCUACUUCUGCUCUCUCACUUGCUAUUCUCAGUUUCUGGACAGACAUCUUCAAAGUGUGAGGUAAUCAGAUCGAUCUGAGAAAUUUCAUUCAGCAAAUGCUGACUUCUGUUUUGUCCUGGAAGGAAAGGAAACAGCAAUAUGCUGCAACAAGGCUUCUCAUCUGGAAACUAUCUCCCUUUUUAUUAUCUGAAGAUCGCUGAAGGCUGCAUAAAGUGUUUAAGCUAUCUGUUAGGUACUGUUCCUGAUGCCAAGUGCCAGUUCCUUCCUCACUCCUGUUUAAUGCUGUGAAUGGAAUAGCCGGAGCUCACUUAUGCUCCCAACUGCAAAAAAAAUAA